GUUCAACUUACGUAGUAGCCGUUCCGUUGCAAAAUCUGAUAUCCGUACAAUAUAAACAGCUGUGAGCUUGAGUCGCGGUGGAUUAUGGCUCCCAAGGAUUUUGGGCGCGGCGAGCCAGAUACAACUUGAGAAAGGUCUCUGGGAAGUGCACCAGGUGCUUUUAGUUGCUGUUUCAAUUGGAACUUCCAGUUACAACAUCAGGAAUCUCUAAAACUGAUGACAUGUUAUCGCAGGACCAUUAUGUUAAGAAGACGUUCUUUACCAUGGAUCUGGCUUGGGAUUUUAUGUACAUUUUUCUAUCUCAGUGGGUUGUACCAGUAUCUGGUGGCCUGGUCUUACUCAGAGUAUUACACACAUUGGGGACCCUCUCAUCCCUUGCCACCACUGAUGGCCCAACUUAAGACUGGAGAAGAGGCCAAGGUGAAGCCUGUGAAUGAAUUCAUGUUCUCUUACACAUACUUGAAUGAAAAAUGCAAAGGAAAAGAUUCAGUGAGAUUAAUGUAUAUUGUGAAGUCUGCACUGGGAAAUUUUGAUAAGAGAAAUGGAAUUCGUAAUUCUUGGGGAUUUGAGAGUCGCUUCUCAGAUGUAGAAAUUAGAACUGUUUUUCUUGUUGGUAUGAAUUCACCAGAAUCAAACACACAGAAGCAGUUAGAAAAGGAAAUAGAAGAACACAAGGAUAUAAUACAGGCUGAUUUCAUUGAUUCUUAUUUCAACAAUACAAUAAAAACUAUGAUGGGAUUGCACUGGACGUAUCAUUUUUGUCAUAACGUCAAAUACUUUAUGUUUGUAGAUGAUGACUAUUAUGUAUCCACCAGAAAUAUGUUGAGAUUUUUGAGAGAUCCUGCCAACUAUCCUCAAUAUCUUGAGAAGUACAUUGUGACAGCAGUGAAUGAGUAUAGGGAAGACCUGUAUGCAGGCUAUGUCUUCCAUGACUCAUCCCCCAUCAGGUGGGUAUUCAGCAAAUGGUACAUAUCAUUGGAUGAAUACCCCUACUCUAAAUGGCCCCCAUAUGUGACAGCUGGGGCAUAUGUUUUAUCCAGGAAGAGUUUGGAGGAAUUGUACUUUGGCAGUAUUUAUACCAAUAAUUUUCGAUUUGAUGACAUAUUUCUUGGAAUGGCAGCAAAGAAGGCAGGUAUUAAGCCUUUCCAUCACAAGGAAUUUUACUUUUACCGUAAGCUGUAUGACAAGGAAGGUUUUAAGUGGGUUAUUGCUUGUCAUGGUUUUGAUAACCCUCAGGAACUUCAGUCAGUGUGGAAUGAGCAAAGAUCUGCUGGAAAUGCCUAACAAAAUUUCCAGGUACAAAUAUAUUGUUGUAUUAGUUACAAGAACUAAACCUGAUGCAAUUCCAAAUCUUAUGAACUAUUGUUGUAUACUGGUAUACAUAUGAAUUUUAUACAUGUGGUUUGAUAUAAUUCUCUCAUCUCCAAUAUCACACCUCAAAAUUGAUGAAAAUCACUGCAGGUUGCAGUAAAACAGAUUUGUGGCAUUGAUGGGUUUGUCUUGUGGAAGCAAGUUUUGUAUUUUUAUAUAUUUUUUAUCUAUUUAUUUAUUUUAUACUCUAAACUAUUCUUGAAGAAUGGUGUUUGGUUUCUUUUAUGCUGGGGCUGUCAGUGUGUAAUAAUUUAACUUUAAGUAGUAAAUGUAAUGUUGAAUUUAUGCUAUCUGCCAAUGAUGAAACAAGUUUAGAUGUAUUCUAAUUUAGACAUAAAAUCCCUCAAUGGUUGCCAGUACAAUGUUUGGGGAUUGAUAAUAUAUUUCCUGCUCCCCAUUAACUCAAUUGAGCAUGCCAGGCCAUGUGUAGCAUCUUCUAAGUAGUAAUUCCAUUCAAUUUAUCCUACCACAGGUAAACUUUGAUGGAAACAUCCUUGGUUUGUGAUUGUUAACAACCAUCAUAAGCUACUCGAGUGUUUGACAGCAAUUACUCUUGGCCGAAAUUGCUGUAGGCAACCAUGUCUUUUUUUUCUGAGUCUUAUGAUUUCAUAUCAACAAUGUAUGGGUGAACAUUUUAAGAUUUUAGUCAUGAGUGGUUAUUUAUUGGUAUUUCCCUUGUUCUCAUUGCUGUAUUAACAUGUACUAUUGAGUUUCAUAUAGCUUCCUCCAUUUAAUGUUUACUAAUUUUUUGUCAUGGAUUUUUGGUAAUGAGUAUGUAUAUUUGCCAUGCCAGUAUUUGAAAGUAUUAUGUAAAAGUUAUAGAAGAUAAGAUGUCAGGUAGUACAACAUUAAAUUUCUUAUUGUCUGUUUUUUGCAAUAUUAUCUCUGCUGAUUAGGUAAUGAUAGAAUAAUUGCUGUUUAUGGAGCCUUCUAGAGAGUCAGGAUUUAUACAUUUCCAAUAAUUUCAUGGAUACCAAAUACUCAAGUGAAAUUUUGACUUACAUUUAAAGGUGGUUGUAGAUGCAUCAGUUACAUCUUGCUGUGAUAGAAAUUUGUGCAUGCCAAAUAAAUAAGAUACAUUGAAAGUAUGCCACAAAAUAAUAGCAUCAAACUACGAAUUUGUAAUGGACAUUACUAGAGUAGCAUAUAUAUCAGACACAAUAUGUUUAGAGUAGAAUUUCCUAUAAUGUUUAUUAGGAAUACUUCUAAACUCUAUCAAUUUUGAAAAGGAAUUUUAUUCUUGCUGAUUUUGCUUUUGCCAACUGAUUGCAUGGCAUCUUCACAAGAAGCAUGGUUAUGUGCCUCUUGCUUGGCUGUGUCGCUCUUUGUCCAUCCAUAACUAUGAAAUCUCCCAGCAAGAGGAAUAAUGUAAAAGCAUGAGACUUUUCAGUCCAUGGACUGGUAUCUCUUGUUGUGAGCCAAAUCAGCUGAUUGGAAUGGAGGCCAGAGAGCCAAAUUAGAUAGACACACACUACAACAAUGACUGUGUAAAGAUGGAAAUUAAUAUUUUUAAGAAUUAUUUAUAUUACAAAUAUAAGCCAAACAGAAAAAUUACAUAAAACUUCUAUUUUGAAAUGGAGAGGAUGAUAAAUCUCCUCUUCCUUCUCUUAUGUAACUUCCAUUUACUGACCUACUUCUUUAUUUUAUUAAUUUCCUUAUUUUUGUUAUCUUCCUUUCUCCUUUUCUAGUAAUUUUCAGCAGGUGAAUUGGUUAUUUAUUGAGUAUGUGAACUAAUGAAUGUGACAAUAUUUAUAUAUGCUUGAGAGCGAAAAUGUAAGUUUUUGGAAAAUCGUGAAACUCCUAGCUUUGGCCCACAUUGCAAAUCAGCUGCCAAUUAUGGAAAUGUCUUUGUUUAGUUAAGUCAACAUUUGUGAUAACUAGGAGGAAAUAUGUAAUGAAUGCUUCUUUUUCUAUAUCCAUAUACAUGUGUACUGUAACUCAAUUUUGAUGUAUGAAGGUAGUGUUCUAAUUUGCAGUCAAAUGAAGGCUGAAUUUUAAGAUGGAAUUUAGAAAUUUGUAAGUUUUGCUAAGUCUCUGUUUUAGUAUGUUAAGACUAAGUUUAAAAGAAGGAGUAAGAGCUUGUAUAAUUUUGUUGUUUCUGGAAAGUUUGUAUAAUUUUGUAGUUUGUGAAAAGAAGGGUUGUAAAUUUGUAUAUUUUAUUUUGAUGAGGCAUUUGAAUGUUGCAGUGUACAAGACGUUUAGCAUGCUGGUAGGAAAAUGGAGGCCAAGUGGUCAGGACUGCCUUUUCCUACAUAUUCCACUACAUGUGUUUUUAUUAGACUAAUUGCAGUUAGAAUCUCACAAAUUAGCAAUAUGUUUUGUUAUACACUUUUUUCCUCCACUUUGUUAAUCAAUCAAUUCAAUUUAUGGCCAUUAUAUGUUCCUAUUGAAAAAAAAAAUGAUAUUAUAGUUAUACUGUAUAAUGAAUGGAAAUGUUUCAUUACAGUGAAAGGAAAACCUGAAGUAUUAGUUAUGGUGCUUUUUGUAACAUGGAUUACAAUGGAUGAAUUUUGAACCCAUGAAAUGUACUGUGAGCUUGCCAAACUACUACAAUGUAAUUGUUGAUUAUUAUUUAUUAUUAUUUGUUAUUCAUUUUUCACUAAAACACUAAUAAAGCUAAUAUGGAA